UGCAGGAGAAACGGUACGAUAUUUCUGUUCUGUUAAACGACCAGUUAUUAUUUUACAGUUCUCGGUGGAAGUGUUCUCAAAAGUAUAGUAUAAGAAACCGUGAAAAAAUCAUAUUGAAAAUAAUGUCGCGUGGGGUGUAUCAUGUCACCAAUCUAGAGGAGGGCAAAGCAGCUCAACGAGAUCAAUCUUAUAGGAGUUGCCUUUUAUCAUUAGUGAUAUUUCUCUUUCUCUGUAUAAUACUCAUCCUCGCCUCACUUCCAUGGAGGAAGAAUUAUAGUUACAACACCAAUUUCGAGAAUGGGCAUCAGAAAUCUGCAGAGGGACUGCAUAAUCAGCAUCAUCAUAGCGAACAUCAAACGACGGCUGACGUCCCUACUGUUACAAAAAUUAUAGAAAAGCAUAGUAAUUCCACUAAAACUGAAAGAUUCUUAAGCACGUCAACCACUACGGCAAAAAUAUUAACAUCCUCAGUGCCAGAUGACAAAAUAUACUUUCCAGAAGAAAUAUUAACGCCUUCUGUGCCUCAACAUAAUUCUACUAUUAUACAAUUUCCCACUACUCCGCAUUCAACACCCGAAUCGGAAGCUACCACAAGUGUUGUUACCGAUUCUACAACUGGAAGAGAAGAAGAAACCACGAUUAAAACUAUUGCUUUUACAACUACAGCUACUGCUACAACAAGUACAACCAUUCCCUCUACAACUACAACCACUCCUUCUACAACCACCGUGUCUACGACAAGUACAACUAUUCCUCCUACAACUACAGCUUCUACGACACGUACAACCAUUCCCUCUACAACUACAACCAUUCCUCCUGCAACUACAACUACCGCUUCUACGACAAGUACAAUCAUUCCUUUUACAACUACAGCUUCUACCACAAUUACAACCAUUCCUUCUACAACUACCGCUUCUACGACAAGUACAACCAUUCCCUCUACAACUACCGCUUCUACGACAAGUACAAUCAUUCCUUUUACAACUCCCACUUCUACGAUAACUACGACUAUUCCUUCUACAACUACCGCUUCUACGACAGUUACAACCAUUCCACCUACAACUACAACUAUUCCUUCUACAACAACUACAGAAAGCAUUAUUACCACGGAUUCAACAUUUGUCACAAAUACAAAUCUCUCCCGCGAUCUUGGGACUGUCACAGAUAUCGUUACCGAUUCCACAACCGAAAGUGAAGAAAAAUCUAUAACUACAAGUACCCCUAUAACUGAAGCUUCUACGACAAAUACAAUCAUUCCUUUUUCAACUACCACUUCUACGAUAACUACGACCAUUCCUUCUACAACUACCGCUUCUACGACAACUACAGAAAGCAUUAUUACCACGGAUUCAACAUUUGUCGCGGAUACAAAUCCCUCCCGCGAUCUUGGGACUGCCACAGAUAUCGUUACCGAUUCCACAACCGAGAGUGAAGAAAAAUCUAUAAGUACAACUACCCCUAUAACUGAAGCCUCUACGACAAGUACGAUCAUUCCUUUUACAACUGCCGCUUCUACGAUAACUACGACCAUUCCUUCUACAACUACCGCUUCUACGACAGUUACAACCAUUCCACCUACAACUACAACUAGCACUUCUACGACAACUGCAACUAUCCCUUCUACAACUACAGAAGGAAUUAUUACCACGCAUUCAACAUUUGUCACGGUUACAAAUCCUUCCCGCGAUCUUGGGACUGACACAGAUAUCGUUACUGAUUCCACAACCGAAAGUGAAGAAAUAUCUAUAAUUUCAACUACCCCUAUAACUGAAGCUUCUUCAACGAUAACAACAACUAUCCCUUCAACGACGACUACACAAUACGCGACUACCACGAAUGCUACAAUUGCUACUACCUCCAGCCAUAAAGAAAAAAGGGAAGUGUGCACAACAAGCGAAUGUAAAAAUUUAGCUAGCAAAAUGCUGUUUUACAUGAACCAUGCGGCUGAUCCGUGCGAGGACUUCUAUGAGUACGCUUGCGGCAGUUUCGAGGCGAAUCCGCAGACCGUGAACCUGGAUUCCGAAAAAGUAGCUUAUCAACGUAUACAGAGGCAAAUGGAAAAGGAAAUGAAUGCCGGCAACACAUCCUUGUUCAUCACAUACUACAACAGUUGCAUGCAAUACGAGGACGUGAACCAAACGGAGAGGAUACGCGAGGCGAGGAAAGCGUUGGACCGUAUUGGAAAAUUUUAUACUGCCGACAAUUUCGAUAGGAGCAACGUGCACUUCACCGAAUUAGUUGCCCAGAUGUUGUUAUAUAACAGUCCGUUGUUAUUCGACGUGUCUCCGAUACUCGACAAGAAACAUCCGAAUCAGUUCACACUGAAGAUAGGCCCUACCACGUACAGUAGUCCAUUCGAGACAGAGGAGAAUUCUUGUUACGCCAGCUGGCAAAAAAGGGACCAAGAAACGGUAGAUCUAAAGGAGCUCUACAAAGAAUACGCACAGUGCAAACACAAUACAACAAAGUUUAUAAAGUCCAUCGCGGACGCCUUGACAGCGCUCGGCGUGUUCGACGAAUUAGGCAACCAGUACAACAUCAGCCAGUAUGUGCAAACUACGGUCUUCAACAUCGACGUUGAAAUCGUGAAUAACUUUCUUAUGAAUUUUCCACCCAAGGAACUAAUUCGCGAGCCGCAUCUUCAAGAAGAAGUCAGCAGUAGUAAAUUCGAUAAUAUGGCAGCUAAUUGGAAAAUCAUAAACUGGAAGAAGUUGGUUAAACUCUUGAUGGAAAGUGAAGUUGAAAUCGCUGGAAACGCAACUAUAGAAAUACACUUUUUCAAUGCUCUGAACAAGGGAUUCAAGAACCUCGAAACGUUCGGAUCCGAAAACCCGAUGGAAUUAAACAACGCCUUGCUAGGAUUGUACGCGCAACAGAUUUAUCAGCAGAUGGUUCUGUCGAAGCGAAACGAAGACAGGGAGAAAUACUGUCUUCGCGUGGCCGCCAAUCUUUUAAUUCCGGACGCUUCAAGUUUAUACAUCUCCACUUUUUCGAGUGACGAGCUCCACUACAUGAAUGAAACAAUACACAGUUUAUUCGAGGAACUGAAGGAAACCUUGAAAUUGACGAUGGAAAAUGAAACAUGGAUACAGGAAGGGCACCAUGAAAAAUGGCUCGCCAAAGUAGAUCAUCUGAAAGUCGUCGCGCCCGAUAUCUCUUAUCUCACUGAGAAGAACUCGACUUACAAUUUGAUGAAAAGUAACAAGAUAUAUCUAACGGACAACUAUGUGAAUAAUUCUAUGAAUUUAAUGCGAAACUAUCGGGCGCGGAUGUAUGCCCAAUUGAUCACGGAUGCAAGUCACCCUGAACAAAUUUGGACAUAUCACGCAACACCGUUUCAAUCUAAGGGGCUUGCGAUUCGAGAACUAAAUCUGGUUGUAAUACCGUUCGGCGCGAUCGACUGGUCCGCUAAGUACGACGAACCAUCGUUUUAUUAUAUUAAGUUGGCGACGCUUGGCACCACAAUAGCGCACCAAAUAGCUCAUCAUUUCGACGCAAAUGCAGCUAUUAUUAGGGGUGACGACUCUCGGUCAACCGACACCGAUAAAGACUUCGAUGUCACAGGAUACAUAGAAUGUCACAAAGUUCUUUAUGGGAAUCGUUUGGAUAUGACAUUACCAUCUACUAAGCAGACUGUGUAUUUCAGUAUUUCGGAAUUGACACUAAACGAACGAUUAUCCGAGACGAUGGGACUCAGAUUAGCUUAUGACACUUUGGAUCGAUUAAGAUCUCAUAAGAUGAGAUCUCAUAAGGAAGUUCAUCUUCCAUGGCUUGAACUUGUUUCAGAUCAGUUAUUUUAUCUCACAUAUGCUCAGAUGCACUGUACAAAGUUACCACUUACGUCGUCGUAUAUAUCAUUGUACGAAGACGAGCAGUUACCGAGUCGCAUACGCAUCUUUGUUUCUGCAUCUAACGAUAGACUCCUAGGCGACGCUUGGAAAUGUCCGGAGGGUUCGAGGAUAAUUCCAAGUCUUAACUGCGGUGUAUUUCCACACCUUCCCAGUUCUUCGUAAGCGCAAUGACUGUUACGUAAAUGAUAUACUGACUGAUUAUUUUCUUUUUUUGAUUUUUUUUAUAUAUAAGGAAGCCUGAUAUAUUAAAUGGUAACGAUACUUUUCUUCAUAACAUUCACACAGGCGAACAGACGCAAUAUGCGAAACUCAGAUGAGCUCAUACAUCCAUCAAUAAUCUACUAAAUUUAUAUACUCUUCUCGUACGUUUUCAUAAUGCGACUAGAAAGUUUGAUAGUGUUAACACUUCACCCUUAAGUCGUUCGUUUCUUGCUGUGAACUUGUUUACAACUGCUUCUUUUCCAAUGUAUCCACAGGUUUUGUAGAAAGAACCAUACUCCCUAAAACACAUAUCUCAAUUGCUAAAAUUGUAUAUUACACUAAUAUUUUUUGAACCAAUGAUGAACUGAGCUCUGAUCACGUGUUUUUUAAUAUUUCAAUAAUACAUACGAACAUAUAUAAUAAGUCAGAAAUGUCUUUGUGCAUGCAGAUGCAUUUACAUGGAUCACAAGUUUCUGUUACACUUACUAUAUAUUUUUUUAAUAUUGUUCAAAUACGUUAUGCAACGCAUUAAAAAAUCUGUACUUUUCAAUGUUGGGGACAUGAAAUGAAGCAUCCAUGACACAAUUUCCUCUGCUUUGAUACCAUUCGUGUUGAUUAGGUAAUAGACUUUAAAAUGUUUGGGUGGCACUCUUGUUUUAUAUUUAGUAGUUGUUAAUUAUAAAUCAAUAGCUCAGUACACUAUCGGCUUAGUAUGAUACGUUAUGCACACUUCAAAAGACUGUGGUAGACAUCAACACAUACCAGUGCUAUGAAUUACGUCCACAUGGUUGUUGCCUAGCUGGGUAACUGACUGUUUUGUAGUAGCUUUCUUUUCAGUCUGAAAAGACGAGAGCCAUGCAAAAGGCAUAAAAGAAAACACAAAUAAUCAUACAGUUAGUUACGAGGUGAACGAUACUUUCACUCUAAAAAACAGGAGCAGCAGGACACAUACCUCAAAGUAUUGAUGCCAAAGAACACAGCCAUAGACACAAAGAACGGAGACUAGAGAUUGACAAAGCAACCAUAAGAGUAUAUUUAAUGCUUGAGUACGUUCAAAUAGUGAAGCACCAUGUCUUAUACAUAGUAAUGCUUCUGUAACCAUAAUUGCACCAUAUACCCAACAUUGUGUCCCUACUCUACUGCAUGCUGGAUCUGUUACAUACAUGUAGUAUUGCCUACAAUUUAUGUAAAUAUUAUAUCACUCAAAA